AUGGCCAAAGGGCUAGAAAACUGUGCAUGCUUUUUGAUCCAGCAGUCUCUGUACUGGAGUCAAGCCUCUACCUGUUGCCGGCUCUCUGUGAAGAUCCUGGAAGCGAGGAACUUGUCCAAGACUGACCUAUUAAGUGAAGCUGAUCCCUAUGUGGUCCUACAGCUGCCAACAGCAUCAAGUACCACAUUUAAGACCAAAAUUAUCUCCAAUUCAAAUCACCCCAUUUGGAAUGAGACCUUCAACUUCCAGAUUCAGAGGCAAGUCAAGAAUAUUCUGGAGCUGAAAAUCUAUGAUGCAGAUUUAGUGACAGAAGAUGAUAUCCUCUUCACUGUCUUUUUUGAUACCAUUGAAAUCAACCCUGGCAAGCCUAUCCGAAAGACUUUCACUCUGAAUCCACAGGGACAGGAGGAGCUGGAUGUGGAGUUCCAGGUAGAGGAAAUAUCGAAUUCUCCAGAAAACCUGAUCACCAACAAUGUUCUCGUGGCUCGGGAGCUAUCCUGCCUGACUGUGCAGGUGGACAAAAUGGGGAGCACAGCAAAGGUCACAGAGGAGGAUAAGCUGGAACUGGCAGUGAAGGGAUCCUAUGAGGAUACACAGAUCUCUGCUCUGGGCUCUGACAUGGAUGACUCCUUCCUUUUCCACUAUAUAACCACUCAAGAGACAGAGAUGAAAGGUUGCCUGAAGAGCCGUGAUGUUGAAGGGAGCAAUGGCAUCCCUGACGAGAACCUCAUUGUGCCCCUGAAGUCCCUUCCUAUGGAAGAAGUGGCAGUCAACGUUCCUGCCCCAGAUGCCACAGCACUGAGGUUGAAGCUCAGGGCCAAUUCUUGCUCUGAGAAGCUGGCUGUUCGCCUGGGCUUUGGGCUGUGUGAUGAGGAACAAGCAUUCCUGAAGAAGAGGAAGCAGGUGGUAGCCAAGGCCCUGAAACGGGUUCUGCAGCUGGAGCAUGAGUUGCAGGAAGAUGAGGUUCCAGUCAUUGGGGUCAUGGCCAUUGGUGGAGGAGCUCGGGCAAUGACAUCUCUGUAUGGCCAUCUUUCUGCCCUCAAGCAACUGGAUCUCCUGGACUGUGUAACCUACAUAAGUGGAACUUCAGGAUCUACUUGGACUUUAGCUAGCUUGUAUGGAGAUCCUGAAUGGUCACAACAAGACCUAGAGAAGCCCAUCCUCCAUGCCCGAGAGAACAUGGCCAAGAGCAAGCUGGGUGCCUUCUCUCCAGGGAGCAUGAAAGGGUUCCAUCAGGAGCUAAGGAGGCGGGCUGAGGAGGGCCGUCCUCCUUCCUUUGUCGAUCUGUGGGCCCUAGUUCUGGAAUUCCUGUUACAUGGCAAGGUAACUGAACACAAGUUGUCAGAGCAGAGGGCCUCACUGGAGCAGGGCCAGAAUCCACUUCCACUAUAUCUUGGUCUAAAUGUCAAAGAGAACAAUUUGGGGACUCUGGAUUUCAAAGAAUGGGUGGAGUUCUCCCCUUAUGAGAUUGGUUUCCUGAAAUAUGGGGCUUUCAUCCCUUCUGAGCUUUUUGGUUCUGAGUUCUUCAUGGGACGAUUGAUGAAGAAGCUCCCAGAGUCCAGGAUCUGCUUCCUAGAAGGCAUAUGGAGUAACAUUUUCUCUGUGAAUUUGAUGGAUGCCUGGUAUGACCUCACCAGCUCGGAAGAAACCUGGAAGCAGCAUAUCCGGGAUAAGACCAGAAACAUUGAAAAGGAACCACCUGGCUCUCGGAAGACCUCCUGGAUUGAGAUGUCAUGGCUGUCACCUAGAACUGCUCUCACCCAGGCUCUUCAGGGCCUCUUGACUGGGCGGCCUCUUCAUCACCAAUGUCAUAAUUUCCUGAGAGGCCUUCAUCUGCACCAGGACUACUCUGGCCAGAGAAACUUCUGCACCUGGGGUGAUUGCCACCUAGAUGCUGACCCCAGCCAGCUGACCCCUCUGCAACCCCAGCUCUGCCUGGUAGAUGCUGCCUACUUCAUCAACACAAGCUGUCCGCUCUUAUUGAGGGCAGGUCGGAGCCCAGACCUCAUCCUCUCAUUUGGCUAUUCCCUCAACUCUCCCUUUGAGACGCUGGAGCAGAUGGAGAUUUAUUGCCGAGGGCAGGGCAUCCCUUUCCCUAGAGUGGAGUUGAGCCCGGAGGAACGCCUGCAGCCUAAGGAGUGCCACAUCUUCUCCGACCCUGACUGCCCCGAAGCCCCCACGGUGCUGCAUUUCCCCUUGGUCAACCUUUCCUUCAGAGAACACUCGGCCCCCGGUGUCAAGCGCACACCGGAGGAGCUUACAGGAGGCCAAGUCGACCUCACGAGUUUCCUGUCUCCGUAUUCCCUGGCCAACAUGACUUACAGUGGGGAUGAUUUUGACCGGCUGCUUUACCUCAAUGCUUACAAUGUUCAGAACAACCACGGGGAGAUCCUAAGGGCCCUGAAGGCUUCCCUGACGCAUCGCAGACAGCGCCGCCCCUGACGGGGACAUUCCCAGGAGGUCAGAAAGCACCCAAGGCCUUCAGACUCCAUCUCAUCCCCUCCAGUUCCAACAGGCUGGAUACACUCAAAUCCUCCAUCUCGCCUUGCCAGGAGGCUCCUAUGUCCAGGGAGUCAUCGUCAGCUCUGCAGCUGGUCCAUUGAACAGAAAGACAUCUCUACUUGGAUCCAAACCAGUCUUUCUUAGCCAGACCUGGCAUGGGAGGCAGCUGACAAAAAUAUAGUUUGUUGUCCUCACAGGUUUCUAUCUGGCCAUUUCCAUCCAUGUGCGGAAUGAAUUUUAUAUACAGACAGACAGAAGCUGGACCUGGUAUGAGUGUGGGGCUAUAAAAUUGGAGUAUUGGUUGGAGAAGACGUAUAAGUAGGGAAAGGAGAUCAGCGCUUUGCUCCAGGGCAACAAAUUUAGAAGGUGCUAAAUUUAGAGGCUCUCCACCGCUGUGUGAAAACUAGAGUUUAAGAACUACUUAGACUAAUUAAUUAAAAUAGGAAGCUACCUGGAGGUAUACUGAUAGGAACCCUUCUUCCUUUUUUACCUCUGGACUUUUUCUCCCCACAGUGGAACAAUAUACUGGUUCUCAUUCAUGAAUACAUUUUGUUCUUCUUGUCCAUAGGGUAUAUUUUGUGAUUAUUCAUUGUUCAUACUAGCCCCAGCUGCAAAAAUUCCUUAUUAUGGCUCUGAGUCAGAGACACUAGUUGGACAGGCACCAGGGCUUUCCUGAAGAUCCUAUUAAUCAAUCAAAUAAAAAUCAUUUGUUAAUCAUCUACUAUGUACUAGUUUUAGGGAUAGGUGCUGGCAAUAUAUGUGUAAGAAAUAAAACAAUCCUAAUGAGCUUACAUUUUAAUAGGGGAGGGACAAAUACAUAGAGAAAAGAAGCAUAUUUCAAUUUAACUCAAAGAAAAACUUCUUAAUUAUUGUGGCCAAGCAAGUAGCAAGCAUUUAUUAAGUGCCUACUAUAUGCCAGACAUUGUUUUAAGGAUUAGAGAUACAAAGACAAAAACAACCAAAAAAAAGAAAAGAAAAGAAAAAAGAAAGAAAAGAAAAGAGAAGAAUUAAAUAAUCCUUGUCCUCAAGAAGCAUACAUUUGUGUGUAUGUGUUGUAUAGUGUUGUGUGUGUGUGUAACAUACAUAAAUCAGAAAUAACAAAAUAUUUGCAUAUUAAAGCAAGCAGGAUCUAUCUAUGCAUUGAUCAACCACAAUUCCAGAAAACUCAUGAUGAACCAUGUUACUCAUUUCCAGAUAUCCGGAUGAUGAGGUCAGAGUGCAAAUUGAAGCAUAUAUAUAUAUAUUUUUUGACAUGGUUAAUACAGGAAUUUGUUUUGCUGGUGCUCUAUCUGCUGCACCAUUUAGCUGUCCAUUAGCAUUUUUUUCAUCUUCAACAGAGUUAGUUGGGGUCUAGGUUUCUUUUAAAUUUGGUCUUUCUUUCCUUUGCCUUUGGUUUCUGUUUUUUAAUAUCCUGUUCUCCUCCCAUCUUAAACUUCUCUUUCUGUAGGUAUAGGUUUCUUAUUUGCCCCAUAUUAUGAGUUUCGUAAGCUGAAGGUAAGAGAUCAAAGAAGUAUGAAGAAAAAAAAUCUCUAAUCUCUAGUGUUUAUAGUUAUGUCAGGGAGGGGGAGUUCUUGACUGCCCCCAGUCUUGGGUUGGGCCCUUAGAACAAUGCCUGAGGCUAAAGGCCUCUCCUAAACAAAGCUGGCUCUGGGCAGGUGAGUCAAGACUGACAUUAAAGGUGAGUGACUUCCAGAGAGGGUGUGUUAUUGGAGAGAUCUUUCUAGAGAAAGUUUCUGGGCCGAAUCUGGUGCGUUGUCUUUUGUCUUUCGGUAUCCACUAAAGAUCCUUGGUCUUUUUUUUUUUUCUGGGCUUUCUCUUCACUUCCCAACUCCCCCAACUUCUGUUUCUUGGCUCUUUCUUCAGCCUAUUGACUGAAACACCCUAGAUCCACCCAACUACACUGAAGGGUGUGAAAUGUUGCAAACCUUACUCUGUUCAGUGUGAAGACUGCUAUUCUGUGUCCCAAGCUGAGCCUGCCCUCCCCUAAGGGGAAUUGAAGAUGAUUACAUAAGAUACUUCCUGCAGCUGUGGGGCCCAGAGUUAACUAGAACAGUUAUAAUUAUGGCAGAGACAGAAGGGGCCCCAACAGGUUGGUCAACCCUUCGUGGCAGGCUGAUCUGGCUCUCAGCCUCUUGCCCACAUUACUUCCUGGUGUGGAUAGAUGGAUGAGCAGUACCUCUACCACCACCUCUGGGUGAACAGGUGCUGUGUUUUCUGGUUGACCCUGCUGUGCCAGCUCAAAUAGACCAUCAAUCCAUCAAGGAUUUAUUGAGCACUAUUAUGUUCUGGCACAUGAUAGGUACUUAAUAAUUUUUUGAUUGAUUAUUGAUUAAUUGGUUAUUAUAGGAUUUUGGAGCUGGAAGGAAUUUUACAGAUCAGCUAGUGUAGCCUCCCUGUUUUACAGAUGAGGAAACUGAGGUUCCAAUAGGGAAAGUGACUUGCCCAAGAUCAUAGAAACAAGUAGCAGUUGAAUCUACACUAAUCUCUUUUUUCUGAAUUCCUAACAUCUUUAAAGGAUUAUCACACAGUUUAGUACUUACUUCUAAUUGUUUCAGAAAUUUUUAUUCUAUCCCAGCUAGAAUAAAAGUUCAGUAAUGUCUUGGACCAUGUCUUAUGACCAUCUGACCCUCUUCCCUCUGAAACCCUUCACGGCGUCUCUAAAUUCUAAAUGCAGUGCUCUCUUCACUAUCCCACAUUAUUUCAUGUAGAGAAACUUUAAAGCUAUUAGGAAUUCAGAGAAAGGAGAUCAGUGUAGGUUCAAAUGAUCAGAAAAAGCUUCAUGGAGGUAGUGGAAACUGAGUUUAAAAAUUAGUUUGGAUUUAUAUAUGUAUAGGUAGGAGAGAAAAGAGGGCAUAUCAGGCAGAUGGAACAGCAUAAGUAAAGGCCCAAAGGUGGAGAUGAGCAUAAUCUGCAUAAAGGACUUGAUAUGAGUAAAGAAAACUGGGUGCUGGGAAGUAGUGGGUCAUGAGACAAGAUAAGAAUAUUAGUGCCAGAUUAUGGGAGGAAAAAGCCAGGUAGAGCAUCUUGGAUUUGUGUGAAGCAAAAGGGAGCCAUUGUGAGUUCUUGAGGAUGAUAGCAAAAUUAUGAGAUCUUUGCUGGAGCAAGAGACCAUUAUCCUUUAAUUCAGCAAUAAUGUGGUGACAGCCUUAACUAAACUGGUGUUAUUGUUGUUUGUCCUUCAUUCUUGAAGAGGACAAUGGCAUUAAGGAUGUGAUGCAAGUGAAUUUAAGUGAAGAAGAGCUGUGCAAAGUCACCAGCUUCGCUGUCUGCUGUGAAAGUUGAAAGAGGAAAAGGUAAAUCUGAAAGACAUUUUGAAGGGGAAAAAUUGAAAGAGUUGGGGACAGUUUGAAUUGAAGGGAAAAAGAACAGGAAAGAAUCAGGGAUCUAUUCAAUAGGCUAAAACAUCUGCAAGUGACUAUUGUGUACAGAAGACUGUGUUAGGCACUAGGGAAGACUCUUAGAUUGUUAGCCUAGGAGAAUGGGAAAAUGGUAAGUACCCAUUUCAUAAGAAUCGAACAGUUGGGAAAGAAUGCCAACAUGGGAUCAGCAGGCAAGUUCAUUUUUAGACAUGCUGAAUUUCAGUGUUUUACUUAUACACUAAGCAGCCCCUAAUAAAUAGUUUUGUCCUAAAUGAAAGAUACUCUUGCUAUAUUUUGCAAAAAUUACAGGUGUUACUUCAGAGCUAUUUGUAAUCUUUCAGGAAAUUUGUGGAAUAAAAGGCUUACCAUG